AUGAGCGGAGGCUGGGGAUUGCGCCAGCUGAAGGGACUGGUGGCACGGGCCAAGGAGCUUAACAUGCCUGGCAUUGCACUCACUGACCACGGUGUGAUGUACGGUGCCCUCCAGCUGGUGCGCAUGUGCGAGGCGGAGGGCUUAAAGCCCGUGAUCGGCAACGAGAUGUACCGCUCGGUGUUUGGGGCGGACUAUUACUUGGAGGUGAUGGACCACGGGCGCAUUGACUUUGGUAGCGGCUACGACGUCAACGCCAAGAUCAACCGCGCCCUGCUGCAGCUGUCCCAGGAGACGGGCGUGCCCCUGGUGGCCACCAACGACUCUCACUUCACCCGGGCGGCAGACCACAGGGCGCAUCAAACCCUCGUCUCUGUCAAGGCAGGGAAGAAUCUUGUCCAAGCAUACACGGGACAGGAGUAUGUCAAGUCGCCAGAGGAAAUGCUGGAGAGUCUGCAGAGGACUCUUUCCGAGGAGCAUGCGCUGGAAGCCCUUCACAACUCCCUGCGCAUUGCUGACAAGAGGACUCUCUAUUUGAGGCGCCUCAAAUGUCCUCUCACAUGGCUCUUGGUUUGGUUCGACUCUAAUGCCACCGAGGAGUUUCUCCACAGCCUGCAGAGGACUCUCUAUUUGAGGCGCCUCAAAUGUCCUCUCACAUGGCUUUUGGUUUGGUUCGACUCUAAUGCCACCGAGGAGUUUCUCCACAGCCUGCAGAGGACUCUCUAUUUGAGGCGCCUCAAAUGUCCUCUCACAUGGCUUUUGGUUUGGUUCGACUCUAAUGCCACCGAGGAGUUUCUCCACAGCCUGCAGAGGACUCUCUAUUUGAGGCGCCUCAAAUGUCCUCUCACAUGGCUCUUGAAGCUAUCUCAAGCCCUUCCUGAGUCGCCUGCCCUCCCCUCGCCCCACGUGGCCUCCUACUCCUUUGACCUCUUCUCCUCCAAGCCCAAGCUGCAUCCCAAGCCCUUUUUGCGUCCCCAUCCUCUCCCCUCGCCCCUCCCCUCGCCCCUCCGCUCGCCUCUCCCCUCGCCCCUCCCCUCGCCCCUCCCCUCGCCCCUCCCCUCGCCCCUCCCCUCGCCCCUCCCCUCGCCCCUCCCCUCGCCCCUCCUCUCGCCCCUCCCCUCGCCACUCCCCUCGUCCAUCUCCUCGCCUUUCCUCUCGCCCUUGCCCCAGGUGACCUCCUACUCCUCCGACCUCUUCUCCUCCAAGCCCAAGCUGCCCACCUUCGAUGUGCCUCCCGGCCACACCGAUGCUUCGUGGCUUGAGCAACCUGGGCACCUCUCUCGCAUCCCGCCGCCCCUCUCCACCCCUCCCUCCUCACCUCUGGAGCAUAUAUUGUCGGACAUCUUUCAAUUGUCGGUGAGUUUUGAUUCGACUCAAAAGUCUCCCCGCCCCUCCCCACCCCUCCCCGCCCCUCGCUGCCCCUCUCCGCCCCUCCCCGCCCCUCGCUGCCCCUCUCCGCCCCUCCCCGCCCCUUCCCACCCCUCUCCGCCCUUCCCUGCCCUUCUCCACCCUUCCCCACCGCUCCUGCCCCUCACCUCUCGAGCAGAUAGUGGCGGACAUCAUUCAGUUCGCUCGCAGGAACGACAUUCCCGUGGGCCCGGGCAGGUGAGGCAGGGCGCCGAUGGGGGGGGACUGAUUGAGUAA